AUGGAGCAUCUCCCUGUGCAUCUUGCUUACGAAGCUUACCUUAGUGGACCUGUUCAAUAUAGAUGGAUGUAUCCAUUUGAACAAUUCAUGGGUGAUUCAAAGCGAUCUGUUAAAAAUAAGACGAGAGUUGAGGGAUCAAUAUGUGCACAUUAUUUACAUCGAGAAACUUCACAUUUUUGCUCUCAUUAUUUCAAUCAUAUGAUGUUGACUCCGAGAAUCAUAAGGAAUGAAGUUCACUUUAGUGAAAGAAGUCAAUUCACCCUAUCGGUUUUUGGCCGUCUCGGUUGUCCUUCUGGAAAGACAAGUGUGCAUUGGUUGUCUGAAAAAGAAAUGCAAUAUGCUAAUGUUCAUGUGUUGAUUAACUGCGUUGAAGUUAAACCAUAUCUUGAGUAA